CCUAAUUGUCCCCUGUCUGCUGAUGUCGCCCCAUUUAUAUACCUCCUUCAUUUCCUAGUUGAACGAGAAGCACUCGGUUGCUCGACGCUCGCUCUCUUCUUCGUUGACUGACUGUCACUCUCUUCCUCCUCGCCGAUCAUCUCUCAGGUCACUGGCCUGAGUUAUAAUCAUGGAUGAUGGGUCAUCGUAUCCAUCGGUAUUUCAGAAAAUACAUGGGCAGUCUUACCUCAUAUGUAGGCUUUCCCCCAAGAUUCACACAAGAAACUAUGGGGUGAAUGGUGCUUAUGCCAAUGGAGCUUUGCAGAGCCCCCUGCUGCCAACUUUUGACAGCACUGCCCUUGCACAAGUCUCUUCUUUGUCCCCAGUUAUGGCGCAGGCCCCGGCAGAGAAAGGUGCAGCUGGUUUUGCUAUCGAUUUUCUCAUGGGAGGUGUAUCUGCUGCUGUUUCCAAAACUGCUGCUGCUCCUAUUGAGCGUGUUAAACUACUGAUACAGAAUCAGGAUGAGAUGAUCAAGGCUGGUCGACUUUCUGAACCAUACAAAGGUAUAACUGACUGCUUUGCCCGAACAAUUAAGGAUGAAGGUGUCCUUUCUCUGUGGAGAGGAAACACUGCCAAUGUUAUCAGAUACUUCCCUACCCAGGCCUUUAACUUUGCUUUCAAGGAUUACUUCAAGAGGCUUUUCAACUUCAAGAAGGAUAAAGAUGGCUACUGGAAGUGGUUCGCUGGGAACCUGGCAUCAGGUGGUGCUGCUGGUGCUUCAUCUCUUCUUUUUGUGUAUUCUCUGGACUUUGCAAGAACACGUUUGGCAAAUGAUGCUAAGGCUGCCAAGAAGGGUGGUGAAAGGCAGUUUAAUGGUUUGGUUGAUGUUUACAAGAAAACCCUCAAGUCUGAUGGCAUUGCUGGGUUAUAUCGAGGAUUCAACAUCUCUCUUGUUGGAAUUAUCGUGUACCGUGGGCUUUAUUUUGGAAUGUACGAUUCUCUGAAACCUGUGGUUCUAACUGGUGGCCUGCAGGAUAGCUUCUUUGCUAGCUUCGUGCUGGGAUGGGGAAUUACGAUCGGUGCUGGAUUAUCUUCUUACCCUUUGGACACAGUGCGCAGAAGGAUGAUGAUGACCUCAGGAGAAGCUGUGAAAUACAGUAGCUCUUUUGAUGCAUUUAAGCAAAUCAUCAAAAACGAAGGUGCUAAGUCGCUGUUUAAGGGUGCUGGAGCAAACAUAUUGCGUGCUGUUGCAGGUGCCGGUGUGCUUGCUGGCUAUGACAAGCUGCAAGUCGUACUUCUUGGCAAAAAGUAUGGGUCUGGCGGCGGUGGUUAAUGAUAUGCUAUGUUGACGAAAUCAUUAGUUAUUGUGUGAGCACCGACUCUAGUUGAAGAAUUUGGAUGAACGGAAGUGCUUUUAUGUUUCCAAAUGUUUGUGGAUUUGUUAUUAGAAAGUAUAGUUACAAGGAUGAAGAAAUUUGAAUUUUGGGUGAUUGUUAUCUGUAAUUGAGCUCUGAAUAUAAGUGCUUUUACGUUUUUAAUCGUUCCUUUGUUGAGAA